CCGUGGUUAUAUAGUUAAACGAUGAAGCGGGAUUGUUAGUGAUUCAGUUGAUUUUAAACACUUAACUAAUCGCAUUUGAAUGGUGAUGUUUUAUUCAGAUAAAUGUCAAUACGGUGCAAAAUAACGAAUAUGAUAAGAACGUACUGUCUGGCGAUAAUUAUUUGUUCAUUUUUUAACAUUGUUCUGACGAAAGAAACGAAAUGGAUACCGUGCGUCGAGUUGAAACGGGAUUUACAUAUCCCGUGCAAAUGUUCCAUCUCAACAGAGUACAGCCGAUCGAUCGAGAUGAAUUGCGAUCAAGUGGUGUUUACGCGGAGUACCACGGACAGUUUAAAAGGACAACCGAUCGUUUCCAUGAGUCAAAGGAACAGCGGAUAUCAAAAUUUACCAGAAGAUUUGCUCAAUUCCGGUUUAAAUUUAAAAAAGCUCGAUCUGUCCGAUAAUUCGAUUUAUAAAUUGAUGGGUCGAUCGCUUCAAGCACAGACACAAUUAGAAGAAUUAAGACUUGCCGAUAACUUUUUGGGCGAUAAUCUAAAUCCGAUAUUCUCGAGUAACGAGUUCCACGGUAUGAAAGAACUGAGAUUACUCGAUUUGUCUAGAAAUGGUCUUCGAAGUUUGGAAGAAGGCAUCUUUAAAGGAUGCGAGAAUCUGGAACAACUUUAUUUAGAUGGCAAUAACUUGACGACAAUACCGACAAUGUCAUUAAAAGGACCCAAGUCUCUCAGAGUACUUUCUCUUUCUGGAAACAAUAUUGGAUCACUUCCACGUGCCGCUUUGUUGAUGCUAGGCGAAUCGCUAUUACGAUUAGAUUUAAGUGAAAACGAAUUGUCUCAUAUGGAGGAUGGUGCACUUUUGGGUCUUGAGCAAUUAUUUUUGUUAAAUAUUUCUCGCAAUGAUCUUAGCCGCUUUAAUAGUGACGUUUUUAAAGGAGCUUACAAUUUAUUGCAGUUGGAUUUGUCGACAAAUUUUCUGCGGGAAUUUCCAAGUGACGCGUUAAGACAUUUAACGGAAUUAAAAUUUCUCAAUGUAUCGAACAAUUUGAUUGAUGAGAUCGAGCAUGGGCAUUUAUCAACUUUAGGAGAGCUUCAGGUGCUGGAUCUUAGCCGAAAUAACAUCGGUCGGCUAGGUUUCAAUACAUUUUCGAAAUUGUCAGAAUUGACUAGGCUUGAUUUGAGUUUGAACGCAUUGCGCACGAUCGAGGAAUCAUCGUUUAAUGGUUUGAAGAAAUUAAAAUGGCUCUCAUUGCAAGACAACAACAUUUUGUUAGUACCUGCUACCGCUUUGACAAAAUUACCAUCUUUAACUCAUCUACACUUGGAGUUCAAUCGAGUUGCUGCUCUCCCGAUUGAGUUGAUCGAAGCGACAGCCUCAACCCUUGCAACGUUGGCACUCACUCGAAAUCUGGUUCGAGAAAUACCUGCUGGACUAUUUCAAGAUUUUCAAGAAUUGACGAGCAUCGAGUUGUCCGGGAACAUGUUGUCAAGGAUAACACGCGAUACAUUUGUCGGAUUGGAAGAAACGUUGCUCGAAUUGGACGUGUCCUCGAAUAGAUUGACUUCGAUUGGCCAACUUCCCUUAAGACGGUUGAUCUCCCUCGAUUUAUCCGGUAAUCGGUUAACGCGAAUCCCCCCAGAAACAUUUGAUUAUUUGGAGAGGGUACGAUAUCUCAAUCUAAGCUCAAAUCCUCUCUACGGUGGUUUCCCACCUGUUUUUCCCUCUUCGGUGGUCGAUCUCGAUGUAUCCCGUACAGACUUAAACAUACUGCCCUCAAUUUUGUUUCGAAAUCUCGAAUCGCUCGAAAGGAUAUCGGUCGCUGGAAAUCGGUUGGAAAAAAUUGAGAAGACCACGUUCGACCGGCUGGCCAACCUCUCGAGAAUCGAUUUGUCCGGGAAUCUUAUCGAGCAUAUCGAGAACGAGGCUUUCGUAGGAUUGACCAAUCUAUACGAGUUAAAUUUACGGGGCAACAGGUUGAGUUCGUUUUCCGGGGAGUAUUUCGAUACUGGAACUGGAUUGGAGAGUCUCGAUCUAUCCUCAAACCGAAUAGAUAGAUUGUCACCGACCGCUUUCGCUAUUCAUCCAAGAUUAAGGGAGCUUGAUCUCUCCGAUAACCGAUUUCUCUACUUUCCAAGCGACUAUUUGAAACCAUUGCAAUUUCUUGAAUGGUUAAAUUUAUCGGGAAACGAGUUGAAAUCCGUAGACGAGUUUGCCUUCUCUCAACUCAUUCGGCUUCGAGCGCUGAACCUCGCCGCAAACCGGAUCGAGUCGCUCAACGAGCUUGCUUUCCAUAAUUCCACGCAACUCCAAUUGCUUGAUUUGUCAGGGAACGACAUCGAGGCUCUGAGCGAAAGAACAAUGGAAGGCCUGCUCCGUUUGGAACAUCUCAACCUUCGGAACAAUCGUUUGACUUCUCUUCCGGAAACGAUAUUCGAUCCAACCAGAGUCCGUUCCGUCGAAAGUAUCGAUUUGUCUGGAAAUCGAUUAAAUGAAAUUCCGAUUAGAUCUUUGCAACGACAGACCGCCUCCCUUUCCAGCCUGAACCUUGCUCGAAAUAAAAUGGUCGAAUUGUUUAGCCAGGAGGUUGCAAGCAAUGUGAAGGAAUUGGAUCUAUCGGAUAAUCCGUUGAGCGCAAACGCGAUUAAGGGAAUAUUGGGAGAAGCGAAGAUUCUUCGAUCGUUGAACUUGGCCAAUACUGGGAUCAACCGUCUGACGGUCAGACUCGAGACACCUUUCUUGAAGCGGCUCAAUCUUUCCAGGAACGACUUGACCGAGCUCAAAGCAACCACCCUUGAACGUGCUACCAUGCUCGAAACGUUGGAUGUCUCGAGGAACAAAUUGUCGGAUUUUUCGAACAUGAAUCAAACGUUUCAAGCAUUACCAGCCCUCCGCUGGCUGGACGUAUCCAGCAAUUAUGUGAAGAUCGUCAACGAAACCAGUUUCAAUAGUUUGACGAGUUUACGUUUUCUGAAGAUGUCCAAUCUGCAGAAUUGUACGAGAAUCGAGCGGAAUGCAUUCAAAUUAUUCGGAAAGCUUCGUUCCUUGAUAGCCUACGAUUAUCCAAAAUUAGGGUAUUUCGACGUUCAAGGAAUUCUAAAAGGAAUGAAUAAUUUGGAACUGUUGGACAUUGAGAUCAAAGAUUCAUCGAUAAGCAAUGAACAAUUAUCGAUACGUUCGCAUCCUCGGCUCAAGGAGGUAAUUUUACGAGGAGACAGGCUCAAAAGUAUUUUGUCCAGUUCGUUGGUCGGUGUCAGAGGACCUAAGCUAGUGUUCGGUCUCAAAAACACUUCCGUUGACUCGAUGCCUGCCGCUCUUUUCUUUCCGGUACCACGCUCGACCGAACUGGAACUUGACAUCUCCGGUAGCAAAUUUACCACUCUAUCCGGCCAAUUUCUUUCUGCGCUUGACGAACGAACCGGUUCGGUGAAGAUCAAGGGGCUCCGAUACAAUCCGAUUGAUUGUAAUUGCGACGCAAGACAUCUGUGGAAAUGGUUGAAAACGGUCGGUAAUGACGAUCCUUCGAAUCUCGUUCUCUGUUCCGCUCCUGCCAAUCUGAUUGGCUCGUCGCUCACCAAUCUCGCUGAACAUCGAUUGUCAUGUGACUUCAUCUCUUAUACCUCUGUUGACGAGCUUGUCGACGAUAAUAUUUCAACUAACCACGUUCACGUUGCCUCGUCUUCCUCUACAGUCAGAUCGACAUUUUCGGAGCCCGAGAUUAUUUGGACAGUAGCACCUGCGGUACAAAACGGCGAUCGCAAUAAACAUUACAAUAACGAUCAUGCCACUUCCUCGCCAGCCGGAUCUUCCACCGGCACUGACGACACACUGAUUAUCGGUAUUGUAGGAGGAGUUGUCGCGUUUAUAGCAUUGAUUGUGAUCGUAAUCUGCGUGUGCCGUUUCAGAUGGUCCUCCAAUCGAAUCGAUCAGACGCGUUUAGCUGUAGCGGCAGCGACUAGCAGUAUUCCUGAUGCUUCGAUGGUUAGACCCGCUAGCGCCUAUUCAGGCAAGAUCAAUCACGAGCUUUAUCUCGGAUCGUAUAACGAAUCCACGUUAGAUCGUGGAAAUAACGCGAUAGCCCCUUGCAUUCCAACCAUGUCGCAUCAAAUGAUGCCUUUGGUUCAACCACCAGUGCAUCUUAUGCACACUCUUUUAGCGCAAACUCAACCACAAUCGCAGUCCCAAUUGCAAGCGCAACAAUUUUACGGAUAUUGCGAUGGCUCUUCUUUACCUAUUUACAUUGCCUGCUCAACCGAUGCCAAGUGCGACAGAUAACUUGUAAGAUAUUUACCUUUCCUUACCUUUCUACUUUAUAUUUCCACUUCAUACACACAUAUACCUCAUAGUUUACUCGAUCAUAUUCUGUCAACAACGUGUUUUGUUGACGUGUUCACGUUCAUUCAUCAAACAUUCGUCAAUGAUUGUCAUUUAAUGAACUAACAAAUAAGUACUUAAUAUACAAACAUACUCACAUAUGCUCAGCGCAUAUGCGUAACCUCGUAUACAAAACAUGUUAUAUAUAUUUUAGAUAUUUUAUAAAUGUGUGCGUAUACUCACACUGAUAUUCUUAGUUAUGAAUUUAUAUGUAUAUUUUAUAUGAAUUAUAUAAAUUAUAUACUUUAAUAUAUCUAUUGUUCAUUUGUUGCUUGUAUUUAUAUCUAUUAUCUUGAGAGAAAAAAGACAUAUUUAUUAUUUAUUAAAACAAUAAUUCUAAAAUUGAAAAUUUGUGCAUUUAAAAUUAUAUUCAAGAAUUAUUAGAUUUAAGAUUUUUAAGAUUAUUAAUCAGGAAAAGAAAUUAAUAAUUUUGUAAUAAAUUGAUAUGAGAAACUUAGCUAAAGUUUUAGCUUUAAAAUGGAACUUUAAAAGUACUGAAAUUUUCAAAAGAAAAUGAAUAAUUAACAAAUUUUCAAUAUGACAUCAUCGAUACGUUAGAAUGAAGCAUUAAUAAUUAAUAAUUAAUUAAUUGAAUAGAAUUUUAUAUUAAAGUUGAUACGAGAAACUUGCCUGAAGUUUCAAAAUAUGAUUUCAAAAAUGUCAAUUUUUAAUAGAAAACAAAUUAUUAAUAAAUUUUUCAUGUAGUUCUCGAAAUAUGCAGAUUCUGUUUAUUCUUUUCGUAUAAUGUUACUUUCCUUGUUUAUGACUUGAAAUACUUUCUUGCAUAUUCUACUAUCCUAGUAAUAAGUUGGAAUUUCGAUAAUUCAAACGCGAGAUGGCGCUAAUUUCCAAAACUUUUUAAUAGAUAUUUAAUUUAUCAGCCGAAUGUCCUUAUUUAGAAAUUUGUGAUAUAAAAAGAAUAAACGUAAUAAAAAUUGCAUAAUUAGAUUAGAUUGUUUAAGAAGAUCAUAGAGUAAUUUGUAUUAUAAAUAUAUUUAAAUAAAAAAAUGACAGAAUGUUGUGUCAAAAAUCAAGGAAAAAAAAAUUUACUGAAAGAAAAAAUGACAAAAAAGCAAAUAAAAAAUAUAAAGAUAUGAAAAUAUAUUUAAAAUAUAAAUGGAAAAUAAUAUAAAAAUAUAAAAGUUCAUAUAAAAUAUAUUAUGAAAUAUGAAAACAAAAUAUAUAUAAAAAUAUAUAUUAUAUAAAAUAUAAUAUAAAAUAAACAAUUUUAAAAGUUCUUUAUAUGAUAUUCAAAUUUAGCUUCAAUUUUAAUCAUUAUUGCAAUUAUUCUAAAUCGAAUCAAUAACAUUAAAAAUAUUAAAAUGAUGAAGGAAUUUUAAAUGGUUUUAGAACUUCUUUAAGAUGUCGCAUAAAAAAUAUUGAGUGAUAGAUCUAUACUAUAUAUUGUCCAUGGCGGUAAUCUUGUCAUUAUUUGUUGCUACUUAGGGAACACGUGUUAAGUGAUUGAGUGACUGAUAUUAUAUAGUUUUUCUAGAUACAACAAUGGCAAGAAACCGAAAACAUAAGCAAAAAAAAAAUUUCGCAGAAAAACGUCGUGAAAAACAAAAG